AUGGCCAUCGCUGCUUUUAUUCGUGAUGAAAUGAUGCCAGGAGAGUGGGAUGUUUGUGUUACUUCUUAUGAGAUGGUAAUUAAAGAAAAAUCUGUAUUCAAAAAGUUUCACUGGCGAUACUUAGUUAUUGAUGAGGCUCACCGAAUAAAGAAUGAAAAAUCAAAGCUUUCAGAAAUUGUUCGUGAGUUCAAGUCAACUAACCGCUUGCUCCUCACUGGAACACCUUUGCAGAAUAACUUGCAUGAACUUUGGGCAUUGCUCAACUUUUUACUGCCUGAUGUCUUUAAUUCUGCAGAUGACUUUGAUUCUUGGUUUGACACUAAAAAUUGUCUCGGAGAUCAAAAACUUGUGGAAAGACUUCAUGCUGUUUUAAAACCUUUUUUGUUACGUCGUAUAAAAACUGAUGUUGAGAAGAGUCUGCCUCCUAAAAAGGAAGUCAAGGUUUACUUGGGAUUAAGUAAAAUGCAGCGAGAAUGGUAUACAAAAAUUCUGAUGAAAGAUAUAGACGUUUUAAACUCCUCUGGAAAGAUGGACAAGAUGCGACUUUUAAACAUUCUGAUGCAACUUCGGAAGUGUUGUAAUCACCCUUACCUAUUUGAUGGUGCUGAGCCUGGUCCACCUUAUACCACUGACGAGCACAUUGUCAGCAACAGUGGUAAAAUGGUAGUUCUUGAUAAACUGUUAUCCAAACUGAAAGAACAGGGUUCAAGAGUUCUCAUUUUUAGCCAGAUGACACGUUUGUUGGACAUUUUGGAGGAUUAUUGCAUGUGGCGUGGAUAUGAGUAUUGUCGACUAGAUGGACAAACCCCACAUGAGGAAAGAGAGGAUAAAUUCCUAGGAGUGGAAUUACUGGGUCAAAGGGAAGCCAUAGAGGCCUUCAAUGCUUCUAACAGUAGCAAAUUUAUCUUUAUGCUGAGUACCAGGGCCGGAGGUCUCGGAAUUAACUUGGCAAGUGCUGACGUGGUUAUACUAUAUGAUUCAGAUUGGAAUCCACAGGUUGAUUUGCAAGCUAUGGAUCGAGCCCAUCGUAUCGGUCAGAAAAAGCCGGUACGUGUCUUCCGUCUUAUCACUGACAACACAGUUGAAGAAAGGAUUGUGGAAAGAGCUGAAAUAAAACUGAGACUCGACUCAAUUGUUAUUCAACAAGGAAGACUUACUGAUCAACAGUCCAACAAGUUGGCAAAAGAGGAAAUGUUACAAAUGAUCCGUCACGGAGCUACCCAUGUUUUUGCUUCUAAAGAAAGUGAGCUGACAGACGAAGAUAUCACAACUCUCCUGGAAAGAGGAGAAAAGAAGACUGCAGAGAUGAAUGAACGCUUGCAGAAAAUGGGAGAAUCUUCUCUGAGAAAUUUCAGAAUGGACACUGAACAAAGCUUGUACAAGUUUGAAGGAGAAGAUUAUAGAGAAAAACAGAAGCUUGGUAUGGUGGAAUGGAUCGAACCGCCUAAACGAGAACGCAAAGCCAGCUAUGCAGUGGAUGCCUACUUUAGAGAGGCUUUACGUGUCAGUGAGCCCAAAGUUCCAAAGGCUCCACGACCUCCAAAACAACCAAAUGUUCAGGAUUUUCAGUUUUUCCCACCACGCUUAUUUGAGCUUCUGGAAAAGGAAAUUAUUUACUAUAGGAAGACAAUAGGAUAUAAGAUAGAGGGAAAGGGACACAGAGAAAGGGAAUGGCAUCACAGCAAUGUUCCACCAGAUGUGGAACUUCCUCUGAAGUUGGGGCUUGAACCUGGGGCGUCACACAUGGUAAGGUGUGUGCUCUACUAGGUGAGCUAUCUCCUGGCCGCAAAGCAUAACUUUCACAGAGGAGAUAGGUAUUAAGUAGAUUCCACAGGAUAAUGACACUGCUGAUUACAUAUUUCGAUGCUUGCAAAGGGUGCUACAGGGAAGGGUAGUCUGGGUAUGUAGCAUGGUCUGGCUGGUUAGGGAAAUGGUCCCGAGGGAAGUGCCAUUUAAACUGAUCAGAGAGAUGCACAGGAAUUAGUCAAGUGCAGUAUGUGAGAGAGAAAAGCUCAGAGAGAGAGAGGCAGGGGGAGAGCAGCUGCUAAGGCACUAUGAAAGAGUAUAGAAUCUGAAAGAAUGCUUGUGUUGCUAGGUGAAGAGGAGAAUGAUUGGAGAUGAGGCUGGUGAGC